AUUUUGCUGUCACCACCCAAUCAAAAAUAGUCUUUUACGAUGAACAUUGGAAGGAAGUUAUGUCAUCGGCUCAUCAAUUUGAACAUAUCGGUGCAAUCACAUUCGAUGAAGCCGAAGAGAAGAUAUAUUUCAGCGAUGAGUUACACCACAAUGGCAGCAUUUUCUCACUCAUGAUACCCAAAGACUACGAAGAUCCGCAUUUAAUUGAGAAAAUGGUACAGCGCACAAAGAAUGAAGCAGUUCGUUCGCUUGCAUACGAUCCACUCGAUCGUAAACUCUACUGGAGCGAUUUAUUGAAUAAGAAAAUCCUAAUGGUAUCUGUUGAUGCUAAUGAAACUACCACACCAAAUGUGUUUAUCGAUUUCACUAAGGAAGUAACACUGCCCGAUGGCAUUGCUAUAGACUUUUGCCGUCGUCAACUCUAUUGGACCAACUCAAAUUUUUCGAAUGCCAGUAUCGAGCGCAUCGGUUUAGAUGGCAGCGAUCGUACAGUUAUCGUGCGUGGUGAUAUGUUUGCACCACAUGGUAUUGUCGUGGAUCAAUUGACGGAUCGUAUUUAUUAUGUAGUCGCUCAGCGGGGCGUACAUUUUUCGGUGGAGAGUGCAAAUUUGGAUGGUACUGAUCGGACAGUUAUAAUGAAGGGACUCAAUAAUGAGCCAUUCAGUUUGGCUGUAACCAAAGAUGCAAUCUUUUGGACUGAUAACACAAACCGUGCCAUCUGGGGUCAUUCAAAAUUCGUCAAUGAUCCCGAAACGAUAACACCAGCGAAAGAAGAAGUAGAAGAUGGUGGCAAUGUAGCAAUGGAAGAAAAAACCGGCGCACGUAUGAUACUGCAGUUUGGAGUUAAACCACGUGGUAUAGUGGCGCGUGUUCAUUACCUUACCCACUCCGUUAAUGAUCAGCACUGUCACCAAGUGGUUGCCAGCAUUAAAAGACUCAUUUCGAAUUCAUAA